AUGGAGCCCGCUGUGGGUGUGUGUCUGUGGGCAUCAUGUCUGUGGAGGACCUCAGCAGCGCCCGCAACCUCAGCCCGGAGCAGGGUCUCCUCCCCCCCCUCCCCCCUCUCCCUCACUCCCUCACCUCCUCUCCCCCCCUCCCCCCUCCCCCCUCUCCCUCACUCCCUCACCUCCUCCCCCCCCUCUCCCUCACUCCCCUCACCCCUCACCCCCUCCCCCCCCGCCCCUCUUGCUCACCCCGUCACCCCCCCCUCGCCCCUCUCCCUCACUUCCUCCCCCCCCACCCCUCUCCCUCACUCCCUCACCCCCUCCCCCCCCUCGCCCCUCUCCCUCACCUCCUCCCCCCCCUCCCCCCUCUCGCUCACCCCGUCACCCCCCCCCCCCUCGCCCAUCUCCCUCACUCCCUCACCUCCUCCCCCCCCUCCGACCUCUCGCUCACCCCGUCACCCCCCCCCCCCCCUCGCCCAUCUCCCUCACUCCCUCACCUCCUCCCCCCCCCCUCCCUCACUCCCUCACCCCCUCCCCCCCCUCCCCCCUCUCGCUCACCCCGUCACCCCCCCCCCCCUCGCCCCUCUCCCUCACCCCGUCACCCCCUCCCCCCCCCCCCCACCCCUCUCCCUCACUCCCUCACCUCCCCCCCCCUCCCCCAGGCCACAGUAA